UUCGAAUCAUUUUGCCAGAUUGUUUGCUUGCGACUUGCGAGUUUUUGUGAUUUACGAGUGAUUUGAGAAAACCUGGUGAAAACAGUAGUGAAUUUGUACAAAUUAUUGUUGUUAGUUACUGGAAAUACUUGCUUCAAUUUAUGAUCCAUAUAAUAUAGUUUGAAGGCCUAAAAAAUGAAUAUGUUUUCCGGAUUAACUAACCAAGUAAGCUCAUGGAUUGGAGCUGCUAAAGGCGAACCACAGGACGAGGAGGUACCAACUCCCCCGAAUUCCGCUGCGACAGCAACGACGACGACGACAACGACAGCACCUCCGGCAGGGGACACAACAGGGGUACCCCUCGGUGAUGAAGGUGACAAAAGCCCUACCAAAAGUGGUGUAUUUUCUGGCGUGUCCUCAAAGGUGACAGGUUGGCUCGGAAAUGCAUCCAUGCCGUCAAUGCCCGCGAUGCCAUCCAUGCCAACGGUUUCAAUGCCAGCGAUGCCUGCGAUGCCUUCCAUGCCCUCAAUACCGGGCCUACGUAAACCAAACCAGGACGAAAACGGCGGCAUUACGAACGAGGGCCUAGCCACAUCGCCGGAAAAGACGAAUCAAGGUAUUGCCGGAUCGACGGAUGCAGCCGACGAGGAAGACCGGUCCAGGUAUAUUAGUGCUACAGGAGGAGCUGACUCACGUCCCGCCACAGGUCCUGGAACACCAACGGACGAAAAUGCCGGACAAAUUGGUCAAGUCACCCACAAAGUCACAGCUGGAGCCAAAUCCAUCGGAUCCUUCCUGUAUACAUCGUUUAAUAAAGCUGGCGAUAAAAUUAAACACCUAAAGGAUAAUACCAUUCUCGGCGAGUUCAACAAGGAGCAGGAAGCAUUCAUUAAGAACCAGCAGGGUGGCAGCGGUCCAGGUGCUUGCCCAUGGUCCGGUCACGCAAACGAAGCCAAAAUUAAGGAAGAAAUCCUCAGUCUGUCAGCGGAUCGUCGGAACUUUGUGCGAGCACCACCAGCCGGUGUUGAGUUUGAAUUUGAUUAUGAUGUCUCCUAUCCCAUCGCGUUAGCCAUCAUGAACGAAGACAAAGAACUAGAGAAAAUGCGAUUUGAACUAGUACCUAAAAUAAUUACGGAAGAGAACUUCUGGCGUAACUACUUCUACCGCGUUUCUCUGAUAUGCCAAGCAGGAGACCUGGGUACGCUAGGUGACAAAAACGAAUUUGUCAGGCGAGGAGUCAGUGAAGAUACAGAGGCCUAAAGACGUAGUUACAAUACUCAAGAACGAAGACCCAUCACGCCCGUAUCAAGAGAAAAUUAAGAGAAAAACAGUGAACAGAUGUUACACUAUUCAUGAAAAGAAAAUGUAACUAACUCCAAAAAUAAAAAAAAUAAUUACCGAUAGUUCCAUACCGUAAACCCAUCUUAGCUAAUAUACAGCAAAACACAAGGAUGGAGCAGGAGGACUUCCCCCUUCAUAUAACACGAUCAUAGGAGCACACAAAAAAAAUCAGAAUCAAUUAUGCCAUACCUUAAAUUUUAGUAUAAUUCCGAACAAAUCAUAACACAUCUUGAUGUUAAGAAUGGUUAUGUUAGUAUGUUUUAAGAAGCCAUAACCUGUCUCAAUCGAAAAAUAUUUCCGGUCUGAAUUCGACAGUUUGUUUUGUUAUUCGGUGCCAAUGGCUGCCGACAUUCAAGCCCGACGAAUAUAGUUUCCAUACAUAACUACUCAAAAGUAAACUAACAAACACAAUAAGUGUACUUUUCUGUCUUGAUGUGAUUUUUCUCGCAACCUCAGAGUAAUGUUAACCCCCAAAAAGAAAGCAUGGAUGGCCAUGCGAAGUAUCUAGCUUACCACUUGACGGCAUACAUUCAGAGAUCCGGUCAACGAACUCCUAUUUGGCUGUGGCUUGUCUUACCCAUAACAUACCUGUCCGGCAUGACUGGAAGUCCCAGAAUAUGAAAUCUAUAUCUGUUUAUUCUAACUCACAACCCACCGAGGCCGAGAUUCUCGUAAAACUAAAUUGCGCUGAGUUAUCUUCAUAUAUUGGAGCCACAACUUAUCUGACACGUGCACCUGUUCAAUCUUCCAACCUAUUACAUCUUGAAAAUAACUUAAACAGCGGACAUUUCCUAAAACAUAUUGUUUUCUUAUUCAUUUGGGUUUUUAUUUUGUUUUUCAUCUGUUUAUCAAUCCGGAUACAUCGCCGCGUAAAUGCCAUUUCAAGACACUAAGCUAAAACUCAAGAGUAGUCUGUAUAAAACCACAUAUUUCGCGUUGAACUUUACGAAAGAUUAUCAUAAAAUAGCAGUAUUCAUAUAUAUACUAACAAAUCGAAAAAAGGGAAUGAAAUUAAAGAUUUUUUCAAUGUUGUGCAUUUCGUUAAAAUCUAUACAUCUUUGACGACAAAAUAAUAUAUACAAAACAUUAAAAGACGAAACAGCUAAAAUUAAUUAUUCGAGGGUGUAGAUGUUAAGAAAACUGAGAAAGGGAAAUAUUAAACAUACAGAUAUUAAUAUAUGUACUUAUUUAAAGAAAGUAUUUAAUUCGUUAAAACUCAAUUACAAAAAAAAACCACACGUAAUUUAAGAGAAAAGACAAUACAAACCAACAACGUCGUUGAGAAUCAAGAUGAAUCAAAGUAACAUAGGUGAAAACAAUGUCUGAAAUGUGUGGUACCCGAAGGUCAUAUGAUGGGUCAUUCGAAAAAGGGCGGUCGAAAAAGACGGGCAGUUAGAUUGUUAGAAUGAAACAGUUGAAUUGGUAACGUUUUCAGAUUGGCAUGCAAUGUAUAGAAGUAGAAUUGGUGGAAAACUUUUGAUUUGCAACAAUUAUGUCUCCUCUUGGCUAGUUUCGACUAAAAUACGCUUCCUAUUGCAAACACAAAGCGACUCAAACACGUAUCUGAAAUAUGUACAGAUAAAUGGGCUGAGUCUUGGGCUGAACUAAAGGCUGAUUUUGUUUUUGACGUCAAUGGCUGAUUUUGUUUUUGACGAAGAUAAUAAUAUGAAAUUUUAAAGGCGAAUCUCAUUUAAUUGAAAGUAAAGGAAUAAUUAGAAUGGCUUAACUAAGACGCAGAACGGCCUUUCGAACAAAUGAAUCCUUCGGGUUUAUCCUUGCUCCAUUUGUGCUGACUUCCCUUUGUAUGGUGUUGAAUGAAAUACAUGAACAGGCGAUAUUCUUCGAUCAUGCUAAAAUCAUCUAACAAAAUUGAUGUUUCUGUUACUUUGUUCCACAAACGAAUAACAGAAGUAGCACCAUCUAAAAAGACAAAUAUGAAAAUUUGUUCAACUUCGCUAAAACCUCUCAAAAAUGUUUGACAAACAUUGACCCCGUUAACUCAAACGUAGGUAAAAUCGAUUUGAUUAUUAUUAAUUAAGCCGACAAGGUAUACGUUUUUCUACUUGGACGUUACAUAAGGCUAAACCUCCUCUCUCCCCUCAAAUCAUGGAGGUAUUUUAACAUUCUCUAACAGUUUCAUCUUCCGUCUAAGACGAAUUUAGUACUUUCCAUUCGAUUCCACCACGUUUUGUAAUCUUUCCAGGUACGUAUUUCGACCUCAAAUGUGAGGCCAUCUUCAGUGUCUCGUACUUGACUCGACUCGACUCGAGUACGAGACACUGAAGAAUGCCUGACAUUUGAGGUCGAAAUACGUAUCUGGAAAGAUAACAAAACGUGGUGGAAUUAAAUGGGAAGGACUAAACUUGUCUUAGACAGUGUAAGACAUGCACUAAAAAAGCUUAAAUAUUUUUUUCUCAGUUUCAUCUUGUUAAUAUAUCAAUCCAGUUGUUGGGCAUUUGGGAGGAUGUAAAGUGAAUGCAGAAAAAUAAAAGCUUGACGUUAAAACAAAAUCAGCAUUUUGCUAUCUGUCAAUGAUAGCCUUUAAAAUCUUUAUUUUUAGCAUAAUCGCAUCUUUCCUUCCAACACGGCUUCACUCUAUAUUUGCCUAUACAAUCCCACGAAUCAGUCGAACAAUUCUAUAGCAAAAUUACAUAAUGCAAUAAUCUGUAUAGACAAAUAAAUUUUUAAGGCAAUUAAACUUAAGCUGUGAUUAAUUAACAUUGGAAACUACAAUGAACAGAGUGUAUUACCGGGGCUACUGACGAAGGAUCAGCAAGAAGAUCAUUUAUUUUAACCAAAUGUGUAAAAUGUUCCCUAAAAGGAGCGAAUUGUAUCAUGAAGAGUGCAUCCAAGUAGAUGUGUACAUAAACAUCGCCGCUUCCAGUAAACGGCACAACGUUCUAGGGACAAUGAAAAGAUUAUUUUAUUUAUUGCGAUUGUUUGAAUUAGAAUCGAUAAUAAAACAAAAAUGCAACAGUUCAUCGCAAUUGAUAAUUAAAAUUUUCCUCUACUCUGUCGCAGAUAAAUGGAUGAGGCAAUAGAAAAUUUCCUUUGAUUGUGGCCACGCCUACUAGAUAGCACACUGAACGAAAAUAACACUUUGAACGCGUACUAAAAGCCUUAUAUGCAAUACUCACACUGUACAGAGCAGAUUGUUGAAAUGCAAGUUUGAUCUUCCCAGAAUUGUUUGCAUAAAGGCUGUGCAAUAGCUGUAGUUAGUUUAAUGUCAAGUGGAGCGCGUGUCAACGAAAUAGACGAUGGAAGUUUUCUCCGCGCUGUCUGUUUAUCUGUGUUACGGCUACGGCAAUAGACAAAGAAAAACAUCAUUAAAUUUUAUUUAUUAAUACACAAACUGGUUGAACGUGACAUAUGCCAACAAAGUGUGUUGCUCUUAUAAUCGUUUUGGUUGAUACCGUUAACGUAGAUAUGAAUAGAAUAAAUAGUACAAUAAUAGACGCAAAAUAAUGGAUGCUUUACCGCAGGACAGUGCUUUAUAGCCACAGUAGGAAACAAAUCUAAAGAGGCGUUAAAAACCCACGUUUCUUGUUAAAUUAUUUCGAAAAGAUCGAUUUUCGUUGUAAGUUAUAGUUUUUAUCUUGCUUAUUCUAUAUAACACCCGACUUUGUUUUCCUGCUCCUCUUCGAACAUCGACGACGACGCCGCCAAUCGGUAUCGAAUAAACGCAUUUUAAAUACACAAAUUGGACCUUGCACGCUGCGAACAUCCCACAAUAGAAGAACAAUGGGAAAAGGAUUUGGAGGCAGAACUACAGGAUUACGAAGUGGUAAACGAUGGCAACGAUCGCUCCAACUGGGAGAAAGACGUGGACGAGCUGUUAGACGACGAAACUGAUUUGAAAUAAAAAUAAUGUUUUAAUCAGCUGCUUUGUAACGUGAUGAACUGUACUGUAAAUAAUUGAAUGAGGUCUGUUAAAUAUUGAUAUUUAGUGCUUAUUAAGUAAUAUAAUUAAUCAUCCAGUUUUGUUAGGAUACAAAAUUAGUGACUCGUUUUAUCCUAAUUCCACAAGAUUGAUAGAAAAUGUUUUUUUUUUGUUCUGUACACUCUAUUGAUUUGCAUUGCAAAUUUGAAUUUCCGUUAAAAAAAAUAUUUCUAAAUAUAUACAUUUAAUGUAUAUAUAUAGAUUAUUGUGCGUUUUUGGAAUGUCUUGAUGGAUAAAUCGUAUUACAAAGUAAUUGAUGCGGAUAAAACAAGUAAUCAGGUCUUGAAAAUAUCGAUAUUUCAUCCAGCCAUCAGUACAAAUGAAAUUCCGAUGAAAAAUAAAGAAAACGUAUUUGUCUUCAAUUCCCUCCACACUUGUUAUACCAUUUUUUUCUCUUCUUCAUGACUAUUAAAACAUCAAGAAUGUAAUAUGUACUGUGAAACUCCUACAACAGUUUCAAAUGAGUGAUCCUCACUGGGGUUUCCUACUAAAAAGGCUAGACAUUUUAUGUAUAAGAAAAAUAUGUUGAACGAUACUAUAAUAGGUGAUGCAUUUUGUGAAAUAGUAACCUAUUACAUGAAAUCUUUUCACAAAUUCAGGCACCACGAUUGAAUUGCAGUGAGUAUAUAUAAUCAAGUUGACAGACCUGACUUGUUGAAAUCUUUUUCAUUACACAAAUGUUUGGCUUUAUUUAAGCUUCAUUUUUUGUCCAACCAUUCUUUGAACUGUAUAAAAUGCUCUAGCAUUUCAGACUCAAACUACGUUUACUUUGACUAAUUUAUUUUGGAAAAAUGUCAAAACUUCAUCCCACUUAACAACAUUACAAUGAUCAUACACCACUUCUUCCAAAAAUUCUCUAAGGUAAUUAAGAAAAUGAAAUCUAAGCAGAAUUAAAUCAAGUUUAUAAAAUGCUAAGAUAUUUGAACGAAAACACAAGCUAACUUGAGAACGUGAGAAUAAAACUUAUAUCAAAUACAGCCAGAAGAAAUAAGGGAAACACAUUUCAUCGCACAGAUUUAGAGAAAACAAAAGAGAAGCCGAAUUACACAAAAAAAUAGCCUAGACGUUUUUUCGAAGUAAUUCUUGUUUACUGUAUAAAGUGAAUAAAUAAACAACAAUCCAAUGCAUAACUUGCUGAAUGUAGUGCAAUAUCGGAAAACGCUAGAGCACUAUAAAUUUAAAAAAAAAAACAAAAGUAAUUCCUUGCAACACAAACACUGUUAGUGCGACCUCUCACUAGCAUGAUUCACAGUAAAACUGAUUUAGUCGAACCGAAAACUUCGGCUAACGUUUUUAAAUAUUCAACGACAAACACAUUUGUUUCCGUUUUUUUCGUUCAACUUUAAUCUCUCUAACUCAUGGAUCCGACGAAAUUAUGUAUGCAUUGUAAUUCUGUAUUUAUUGACCACUGGAAUAAGAUUGUUUAAUAUAUUGAACUAAAAUAAUAUAUACAUAUUACGAUAUACUACCGAAUAUGAAGCAUUAAUAUGUGUAAGAAAUCAGUAAUAACAGUAAAUGAAAUAAAAAAAAUCAGAGAGAUAUUGUGAACAUUCAAUGAA